UGCUGUGGGUGGUGCAGGAAAGUCGCACUCUUCGAAGAACAAUCUGUUGGGUCCAGAGAACUGGUGGUCCCCUUCAGCCCUGGGGAGAAAAGGGGGCGCAUUCAGAGCCUCCCUUUGCUGGAGUAGGGAAAGAUCUUGAAAUACCCACAGCUUGAGCAGAUUACCAUAAACAUUUAGAUUCAGGGUGGCCCUGAUUUCUGCAGUGAAUUUCUCCUGAACAAGCUGCAACUCUCCUGUGAGGACCUCCUAGCAGAGAUGGCCUUGGCUGAUCUUCACUACACCACAGGCAUCAGCAGUGGAUUCAAGGUCUACAUCUUGGAAGGUCAAUCGUCUUUUGAGAACGAGCCGAGGUUCCCCCGCUUCCCAGCCCAUCGGCUGCCCGUCUAUGCGAUCAAACGCAAGCCCAGUGUGGAUGUGAGAAGCCCCGAACGAAGCUUGCAUGGGCAGAGGGCGUCGAAAGUCAAGCGAUCGACCUGCGGGCCUGUGGCAGCCUCCCUGGAACAGAGGGUUCCUCCUGCUGCACAGAUCCCGAUUGCUGUUCCCUGUGUCACCACAUCCAGACCUGAGCCUUGCAGAGACUCUCGAGCGCUUCACCCAUCCUGCCCAUAUAAAUGUCCCCUGAGGAAGCCCCUCCUGGAUCCAGCCCCCACUGUCUCCCAGUUGCAGCAGAUGCGGCCUUCCGUUAUCACCUGCGCCCCCCGCCGGAGCCGCCCCCAGAACCCUGAAAUCACCAGCCCUGCAAUCUCCCCAUCAGACCACAGGACCAUGAGCUCUGAUCCUGCCCCCUCACAGAGGCUCCAUGCAUGGACCACAGGCUUUGUGGGGCCUUCAGCACAAGUCAGCAGAGAAGCAUCUCCCAAGCAAAGAAUCCAGGCUGCAGACAAGAAUCCCACCCCCACCCCCAGCGCUUGAAGCUCUUUGGCUUUGACAUUGCAGGUUCCCCCCACACACACACUGUGUCCCUAUUGUCCAGCAAUGAGGAAUCCUCCAGAUGUUGCUGCACUCCCCAUUCCCAUCAGCCUCAGGCAGGGGAGCCAGCAGAGAGAGACAAUGGCAGCUGCAGUUCAUCAACAUCUGGAGGGCUACAGGUUCCCUGCCCAUCUGUAUUGGCUAUCCUUGGACCCCUAAGUCCCACCCCAUCCCUUUUUAUGGCCUAGUAGCUGUCCAUGUUCCUACACCAUGUCCUGGGCUCACUGCCCUCCUUCCCUACACCUUGUGUUCUUAUUCCCCUUCUAGCCCUACAAAUUGAACUGCCUUUCCUGUCUUCAAACCCAUUUAUGUGAAAACCCCGCUGGUUCCAAUGGAACUGACUUCUAAGCCAGCAUGCUCCUUUAACACAAGAAUUGCUUCCAGGCAUAUCCUUUCGGCUUUGGCCCAGCCACUUCAUCAGCUCUGAAUCUACUUGUACUUGUCCUCCGCUCUUCCUCAGUAGCAUGUGGAUGCCUUCUGACCUGAGGGGCUCAUCUUCCAGCGUCAUAACUUUUAUAUGCCUGUUGUCUUUGUCCAUGGAGAAUUCCAGCCUACGAUUAUCUACAUACAUGCAUGAUGCCGCUCUGGUUCCACUGACAGAGGAACCAAACCUAAGACAAAAUAUGGAACCUUUCCUAAGUGGGACUCAGCCCUGAAAGUAGAGGAGAGCCAUUUUUAAAAACACACCAUUUUAUAUUUCUCUAAUUCAUGAGUGUCAAUAAAGUAGCGUUGAACUGUG